AUGACGUCUGAUCAAGAAGUAUUUUCUCUCUACGACAGCUCACCGGAUUCUCUCCUGGAUAUUUGUAUGGAUUGCAUAGUGGCCAAUCUGAACACAAUUACGACAUUGGAUCCCACCAGUCGCUGGCGUAAACUUAAAGAUGAUAUUAUAUUCCCAGCCGAGUUAUGCGAAAAAUUCAUCCAGACUUAUCAAAAGAAAAACCGAGUAAACGAUAAUAUUGCAAACUUAUUUCGCGAUCUUUCACGAACAAGGCUAGACCGCGUGAAAUUACGAAAUUCACGUAUCACAGAUGAGGGUCUACGCUGCUUCAUGGUCCAUAAACCGUACAGUGUGGAGUUAGUGCAAUGUGAGUACUUGUCACAGGCAUCACUGGAUAUAAUCAAUCUAAACAGUGACCGUUUGGUGUCUCUUAAAUUUGGUCCACUAAUAUAUGUCUCUCCUCAAGAAGAAGGAAACCUACGUCAAAGAGGACAUAUUAUUGAUGCGCCUAACUUAAGAAGGCUAACAAUACAAUGUCGCGGGCUGACUAUAUUUCCGUUACUUCUGUUGAAGCCACUAAAGAACUUGACACAUCUAGAUCUAUCUGAAUUUACAUCAACUGUGUCUACAUGUGCAUUGCAUGAGCUGAAAAACUUACAAUCACUUAUUUUGCACAAUGUUCCCUGGUCAAAGGAAAUUAUAGAUUGGAUUACAACACUCCAGUCACUGAGACACUUGGAUUUAUCACAUUCAAAUGAGAGACAUGGAAAGUAUUAUAAUCCAAAUGAAGUAUUGUCUACAAUAGUGACUAGUUUGCCACAUCUUCAAUCAUUGGACAUAUCGGGCACUAAUUUAGCUGGGUCUGGAGCAGCAUCAGUUUUGAUUGUUGUAGAGGGUUCAUCUGGUCAAAUACCAGAUGUUCAUGUACGCUGUGAUAUACCAGGGCUUGUGACUAGGGUUAACAACCCUCUAGAGUUCCUAGGCUUGUAUGGAACUCAUCAUGGAGCUUGCAAAAGACAUGAUAUACCUGCUAAAGUGAUCUCUGGUGAUGCUAAUGAGGAGCAGAUUUUGACUGCUGCCAUGGCUUACAUGGAACGCCCAGCAAUGCUUACUCGUGUGCUUAAUGAUCUUUACUACCUAUUUCGCUAUGAAAACAAUGCAUAUGUCGGUCGUGCGCUUAAUGUCGUGUUGGAUGCAAUGGAUCAACAUGUUUCAGAGAAACAUAUUCAAAUAUCAGGAAGUGCUACCCUCUUCUAUAUUGUCAAAGGAAGGGAGAAGGCACGCAUUGGCAUUAAAUUAAAGCGUCGUAUAAUAACCGCGUUGCUCGAUGGUAUGGAAGCACAUCUAGGAGAUGACACCAUGAUGAGGAAUGGUUGCCUCACACUUUGUCAGUUCAAGAUACCAGUUGAUGUGCUGUUCGAAUACGAGCGAGUGGUCCAGAUCCUGCUAAAUGGUGUUGCUGAUGUCAAUCAAGAAGGUUUUGUGCAGCGUAUCGCCAUCUAUUUGCUGAAUUCGCUAGCUUGCCAGGUCGAUGGGAAACAGAAACGUUUCUUGGGCAACCACGGCGCUAUUGGGCGUAUCGCCAUCUAUUUGCUGAAUUCGCUAGCCUGCCAGGUCGAUGGGAAACAGAAACGUUUCUUGGGCAACCACGGCGCUAUUGGGAAAAUGCUGAAUCUGAUCUCGGAACGCCUCGAACGCCGCUUAUGCGAUGACGUGCUCGAGGUGGCCUGGUCGACGAUGUGGAACGUGACCGAUGAGACACCGCAGAACUGCCAGCGAUUCCUCGAAAACCGCGGCAUGGAGUACUUUCUUGCUUGUCUGAAGAGUUUCCCAGAUAAAGAAGAACUACUCCGCAAUAUGAUGGGUCUAUUGGGCAACGUUGCUGAAGUAGCUGAAUUGAGGCCACAACUGAUGAACACGUUGUUCCUUAACGUCUUCUAUGAUCUUCUUGACUCUUCUUGCGACGGUAUAGAGGUGAGCUACAACGCGGCCGGUGUCCUCGCUCAUAUGGCGUCCGACGGUCCCCAAGCUUGGACAGUUGAAGAGCCUGACCGCGAUGAAGUUCUGGAGCGCGUCGCCGCAGCAGUCCAACGCUGGGACUUGCUUGCUGAAAGGAACAUCAAUUACCGCUCUUUCGAACCGAUCCUCAGCUUGUUGAACGCCCACCAUACCCCGCAAUGCCAGCACUGGGCGGUCUGGGCACUUGCUAACCUCACCACUGUUUAUCCUGAAAAAUACUGCGGCUUGGUCCAACAAGAGGGCGGGCUGACACUUCUCAACGAUCUCGUUAAGCAUCCAGAACCUUAUGAAGUUAUAAAGGAAUUGGCGUACAUUGUCAUCAGUAACUGUUCGAAGUUCGCCCUCCCUUAUAGCGAGUACACUUCUCAAAUGUUUAAUUGCGACAAUUAA